AUGUCAGACAGGAAUAAAAGGUCUGGCCGUGGCCAGGGCCAAGGCCGCGAUGUGCAGAUUUCCAAAGCUUUGAGCUUGUUGCUCCGUCACGCCGCUGAGAAGGAAGGGCUGAAGAUGAAUGAGCAGGGCUACGCCAGUGUAACAGACGUGCUGGCAUGGAGGAAACUCAAGUCCCUCAAAGUCACCUUCCCCGAGAUCCUACACGCCGUCGACUCAUCCGAUAAAAAGCGGUUCGCCCUCCUCCACAUUCCCUCCGCACAACCCACCGAAUCUACAACCCAAGCAACGACAGUGCCUACGACAGGGCCAGAUACAGAGCAGGAAGCUGCUACCACUACAAGCGGCGAUCAGUCCUCAACAACAGUCCUUGAGUCUGCACCCACCACGAGCGACGCCCAGCAAACCGCUACCGCUCAAGCUUUGGCCAUAGCUGCGAAUGACAAUGACCCCUCACACUUCCUCAUUCGCGCAACGCAGGGUCACAGCAUCAAGACUGUCGAAGCUGCGUCUUUCCUCGAACCACUCUCCCUGGACGAUGAAUCGAAACUACCCGAUACUGUAGUCCACGGCACAUUCUGGUCCACCUGGCCAGUCAUUCUACAGUCCGGCGGUCUACGCUGCAUGGGUCGGAACCAUAUACACUUCGCCACCGGCCCGUCAUUGGAAGCCGUCUUGGCUCAGGAUAAAGAUGCAGUCCAGGCGAAGCCAGCAAGCGGCGAGGCGCAUGUCAUAUCUGGCAUGCGACGCGACGCCCAAGUCUUGAUCUAUGUCGAUAUCCGGAAAGCACUAGCGGCGGGCGUUCCCUUCUGGCGAAGUGAGAAUGGUGUUAUUCUGAGUGAUGGUAUCCCCGUGUCGAAUCAGGCUGGCAAGGGCGAGGAGGCCAAGUUCGUUUCGCUCGACUUUUUCGAUGUUGUUGCGGAACGGAAGGCCGGUCUUGGUAAGCUCUGGGAACGUGGGCAGGUCCUGCAAGAGCUUCCGGGGCAUCUUCUUCAAAAAGGCAAUCCGAAGGGUCGACGAUGA